AAAAAUAUAAAUGACACAGAGAAUGAGUAGAGAUUGCUAAAAAAGCAAAAACAAAGCAGAAAGGCGAAAAUCAGAAAGCAGAGACCUUUUUGCAGCCCAAACUAAGUCCACUGUUAUUGUGUUAUAGCUGAAGUCGUAUACAACAGAACACAAGGCGAAGCCUUUUGAUCGACGAAGCUCUUCUUUUCUCUCUCUAAAACUGAAAUUGACUGAGUAAAAUUUCGACAGACCAGAAUUUGGCAGAUAUUCUGAUCUUUUGGCAUUCUUUUUAUCUAGUUCUCUUUUUAUCUUCAUCAAUGGGAGCUCGCUGCUCCAAAUUCUCGCUCAGCUGGUUUCACUCUCAUCUCAAGCCUUCCGUUCUCGAAUCCUCUGAUAUCGAAAAUGGAUGCAAAAAUGACAGAAAUGUAUGGCCGAGGUUUACCGAGUUUAGUUUGGAUCACCUAAAAGCUGCGACGAGUGGUUUUGCUUCAGAUAAUAUAGUAUCGGAGCAUGGAGAAAAAGCUCCUAAUGUUGUUUACAAAGGGAAGCUCGAUAAUGACCGAUGGAUAGCCGUUAAACGAUUUAACAGACUGGCGUGGCCCGAUUCUCGUCAAUUCCUUGAGGAAGCGAGAUCGGUGGGCAGUCUGAGAAGCGAGCGAUUGGCGAAUCUGAUUGGAUGUUGCUGCGAAGGCGAUGAGAGAUUGCUCGUCGCCGAAUUUAUGCCCCAUGAAACGCUUGCAAGGCAUUUGUUUCACUGGGAGAAGCAGCCUAUGAAAUGGGCAAUGAGGUUAAGAGUAGCUCUCUAUUUGGCACAAGCUCUAGAGUACUGUAGCAGCAAAGGGAGGGCACUGUAUCAUGAUCUUAAUGCCUAUAGAAUUUUAUUUGAUAAGGAUGGUAAUCCUAGGCUGUCUUGCUUUGGACUAAUGAAGAAUAGUCGAGAUGGCAAAAGCUAUAGCACAAAUUUGGCUUUCACCCCUCCAGAAUACUUGAGAACUGGUAGAGUGACACCAGAGAGUGUUGUGUACAGCUUUGGGACACUCUUGUUGGAUCUUCUCAGUGGCAAGCAUAUUCCUCCAAGCCAUGCACUUGACCUGAUCCGUGGAAAGAACUUCCUUAUGUUGAUGGAUUCUGCUCUGGAAGGUCAUUUUUCAAAAGAUGAUGGAACUGAAUUAGUUCGAUUAGCUUCCCGCUGUUUACAGUAUGAAGCUCGUGAGAGACCAAAUGCAAAGUCCCUUGUCACUUCACUUACGACACUUCAGAAAGAAGCAGAGGUUCCGUCUUAUGUUUUGUUGGGUAUCUCGCAUGAAACUUCAUCGUCGAUGCAGCAAUUAUCAUUAACUCCCUUUGGUGAAGCAUGCUUGAGAAUGGAUCUCACUGCUAUACAUGAAAUACUGGACAAGAUUGGAUAUAAGGAUGAUGAAGGGAUUGCCAAUGAGCUUUCUUUUCAAAUGUGGACUAGUCAAAUGCAGGAGACACUGAAUUCAAAGAAACACGGAGAUAUUGCUUUUCGAGCCAAGGAUUUUGCUACUGCCAUUGAUUGUUAUACACAAUUCAUUGAUGGCGGAACCAUGAUAUCGCCCACUGUGUACGCCCGGCGUUGCUUAUCUUACUUGAUGAGUGACAUGUCACAAGAAGCUCUUGGAGAUGCUAUGCAAGCCCAAGUGGUAUCUCCUGAGUGGCCCACUGCCUCUUACCUUCAAGCAGCUUGUCUCUUCAGCAUUGGAAUGGAGACGGAUGCACAAGAAACGCUUAAAGAUGGGACCAGAUUAGAAGCCAAAAGAAACAAAACCUGAAACUGAAACUGUAUAGGUUUCUUUUUCUUUCUUUUUUCUUUUCGCCUCUCCUUUAACUUUUAUUAGCUUUAAUCAUUUUUAGUUUUUGUAAUUUUGUGUAGGCUAUUUAUUUUAUGUAGUCCUCCUACAUUCCCGCUUCAUUUUGAGGUUUUGGUGACAUUACAGGAUUGAAGAUGUUCAGUAAUUGUUGUUUUGUGUUGAAUGCAGUAGUUGAUAGGGAAUAGGGAUGUGCACGUGACUGCUGGAAUCUCGAUCCGUUCUUGAAAACGGUCCUAAAUUUCCUAUCACGAGUAAAAGCUAAUAUUAAUUUAA